GGUGUGAGCUCCACCUACCUCUGAUGUGCCGAGAUCUCAUCUACCUGGCCAUAAGAAGAUGACGCCCUUCACCAAUGAGAAUGCUGCGAAGUUAUACACGCAAACUUCCAGCCUUCGAAGAGUUUACAUGGACGACAUAGCGGAAUCGCAUCCGAUAUCCCAGACCCCGACCCUUCAGACCCAUCCAACGACCGGCAGCAGCGUCAUCUACAACAUAUUUCCCGAAUCAUUCCAACGGAAAUACAAAUUUGCCGGUCUGGUACCUCCUAUACUUUUUACCGCGGGUGCUAUACUACUACUACACCUCUGUUCUUUCCUCAAACGCCAGCUAUCAACACCACGAUGUACCCGCCUACGGACCAGUCGCGAGAUGGUUAUCAUCUUUCUCUUCUAUUUUCCAUCAAUACCACACACGGGGGUGCGGGUGCACCGACGAGGUGCCAAAUCCACUCAUAUCUUUUUUCUCCAGACCCUUACCACACCCACACCUUCACGUCUUUGCUUUCCUCCAACACCCAGAACACCAAUGGAUGUCUCUGGAAUGUGGUUGUCUCUGGAAUGCCAUGGUCCCCCUUCUCGAUGCUCCUCGUCGCUCAUGGAAUGGAACACAGACAUCAAACAAACAUCACCAGUCUUUGUCCCGUUCUUUUCCAUGAGCGACGAGGAGCGCCGCCGUGCACCACGCGGGUGUGGAAGACACCCGAGACAUGGCCGGUCGCGCUUGGAAGGCGUAUCGUUGGAGGAGUGGCACAUCGCCGACUACCUCUCGUCUUACAUGAUUAGGCGCACUUCAAUCGAGACGUUGAGGGCCUGGCUUACGAUCCGACUUUACAUCGUGGUCUUGACCAUGGCAUCAUGGCCCUGUCCAGCACUGACCUCUGUCCCACCAACAUCGCCUAGGUCAUGGGCGAGAAAGAUAUCUCGCUCGCCGCCAAAGUCAAAACCCCUCGGCGCCCAUCAACCACCACCCAGCCGAUGGACCCACGGGCCGUGUUGCCCUUGGGUCACGCGGGUGUUGUGGAAGACACCAGGCCAGUCAGGCCGGAGCUGCGGCUAUACAUCCAUCGGGACCUGGCAGCAAGCUAAUGCCCCCAGCAGGGCUGGACGUAAUGAGCGCUUGCGGCGCACUGCGCAAAGCACCGUUCGGGAGGGGGAGGGCAAACGACACCCUCAUCGACGAGAUGAUCAGCCGCACAAGUGCAAUGGGUGCGUUGUGUUCGCCCCACAAGACGUCGUUGGUCUUUGCUCUCCCCGCCCACACAAGGGCGAGAGAAGACUGAGCAAUGACUGGGGUGUGAUAGCAUCUAUCACACCUCAUGUCUCGGUCUGUCGUUCUGUCGUGCAUUACAAUUCUUCAGAACCACGUUCCACUUACGGCAGCCUUCUUUACGGCGUUGUCGGACAUCGUAACGUACAGCGCGAAUGCCAGCAUGUCCCUCUCGCCCUGCCGCCUCCCAUCUCAGCAAAGAAGACGAUGAGAAUUUCGAACCCAACUGGGGUGAACAGGCUUUUAUACCUGCAUCGCCCGUCGGCCCGCUGGAGAAAGAUCAUUAUCCUUCAGAACAUGUGCAACGAACAAAAGGUUUCUUGCACGGGGGUCGUGCGCCGUCACGUACCCCACCGAACGGUGUCUCUGUCUCUCCAUAGCCAUCAUGACCCUAAGGCCAAUUGUCAUCAUGUCGCACUACUCUGCCCAACAAAACAAACGCAUGGCAUAUAUAUGUGCGUGUCACAACAUUCACGCAUCGUUCUCUUCAUCAGAGGCAAAGGCAAUUUCUACUGGCAUGUGAACUGCUACAACCAUCUUCGCAAAUGGCGGCUUCGGGGCCAUUCGCAGGACGAAAGACGUACAAGAUGUGCAUGGCAAGUCUCACACCAUCUACGCUCACUGUUUUGUCACCAUAUGUCUUUGGUAUCUGGAAGUCCCCAGGCAUGCGGCUGCGGUCAAGCAAAAAGGGUGCCUCCGAAAGCAGCCGCGAAGAAAGCCGUCACUAAGAGGGCUGCGGUCGGGGAGGCCGCGGCCAAGAAGGCCAAUGAUCGGAAGAUUCAGUGGAGCGUGCAUCGGCACAGCCAGCUCCAACUUCCAUGCUGGUUGUCUGUGGGGGACAGCAGCAGGUUGACGACAAAUACCAGCCAGGCUCGGCGUGAGACGGUCGGCUCUUCAACGACACCAGCACGUCAGCGAGCAGACACCGACUUCCGAAGAUACCUGUGGAGAGGCACUAUGCACCAAGAUCUUGAGCGAGUAGCAAAAUGGCACCUCAUGGAAUUGGCCGGCGGGACAGUCAACACUACGUGA